CGGAAAAGGAAACGCAUCAACUGUACUACAGUGCAAUUCUACCUUGGCAAUGGGCCCUGUGUUUAUGUAAAGGUCGAAACUGUAUGCAAACGUAAUAGUGGAUUGAUAUAUUACAUAACUGCACCCGUCCUCUCCACAGAAAAAAAGGCCAUACAUUCCAAAAUGUCUGGCCUUACUCGCAUUGCACCAACUUUAACUGUUUCGCUUUGUAAGUUACGGCAGCCUGAAAAAGUCUAGUUUGAUAUAUUUAAAAAUAAUUUAAAUUAUUUUCAAUUUGUAUCUGUACCCAGCUGUAUAAGUAUAGUGUAUACUGAUACUGUACUGUAUUAUACUGUAUAGUAUAUUAGGUACCGUAUAUUAUUAUUAUGUAAUAUAUGUUCUUAGUUUUACUAUUAAAAAGUAGAGUUUGUAUAGUAAAAGGCCUACUUUUGUUAUUUAGGGCCCAGCCCUGGCCUAUAAGAAGCCCAACUGUCAAUAUUUUUUAAAUUAUAUAUUUAUAUUAUUAAUUAGCUUAGGCUUAGGCUUUACUUUAGGCCAAUAAGUAGGCCUACUAUUAUUACUGUUAUAAGUAAUAAGAAGGUACCUUGACAGAAUAUUUUAAAUAUUGUCUGAUUGAAUUGUCAUAGUCAUGCCAUUCAUAAAUAUAGUCAUUGUACAAUUUGGUCAUUUGGUACAUUGAUAUAAAAAUUGAAAACAGUAUCAAAGUAGUACCGUUUAAAUUAAAAAUUGACAGAAAAUUUUAGUCUUGUCUGAUUGCCAUAAUAAAAGAAAGGCCUAUAUCAUAUUCAAGGACUAGCUUUAAAUUUUAUAGAAACAUCAAUUUCUUCUUUCUAUCUUUUAUAAUAGCGUUGUUUCAAAUUUUUUGGGAAAUUUUUUAAAGCUUCUUGCCUUAUUUAUCUUUGUACGUAACUGCAAAAACAUGUGAAUGUGACAGAGUUUAAAAUAUCUGCCUUAUUUUGCCCACAACUUUUUAUUUUAAAAGUUAAUGCUACCAUAUUUUCAGGAGGCAUUCUCAAUACAGUAUACAACACAAUGAACAACAAAACUUUUACAUAUCAUCGAAGACUUUUUAUUGUUGAUAGUUUUAAUUGAGGGUAUUUUUUAAAAAAAUCCUGACUAGAAAAAUUGGAAAAAUUAUGACUUUGACUAACUUUUAGUGGCAUAAACAAAACAAAAUUGCAUUGUAUUUUAAUAAAAUAUGCUUAAGUUAAAUUUUAAACCUAUUAUACUAGUAUUAUAAAAGGCGUCUUUUUAAACAAAUGCAAUAGAAUCACCACCAACUAUGAGUUUUUGAGUAACCUAUUUUAACUUGGCAAGACUAGUGAUGUGUGUGGCCAUAUUAAUAGCUUCAACCACUUCAGAACGACUCUUAUACUUUUAUUAGACCCAAGGAGCCAUUAUUAAAGGAUGUCAUGGUUAUUUGGGAACCCCCCCCCCUCACACAAUUAAGACACCCUCAUCAAAACACAUCAUCACAAAUUUGUUCCUUCUACCCCUAGUUGCAUGAUGUCAUUUAUGGAUGGCCUCCUACAGUCCUAUCCUACACAUAAUUUUAUUAGAGAAAUAUUUUCCUACCCUGUGUACAUAAUUUUAUUAGUAGGCCUAUACUUUUAAUUUUAACUUAGUUUAGUAGUAGGCCUAUUUCAUAUAGUGAAUGGGAUAAAUGGUAUAGCUCUAAAAAAUGUAAAGAAAUCCUGUUUUUUCUUAUAAAUGUUACUUUGAAAAUUUGCAAAGUGGGUGAGAAAAGAUCCCAACUAUGCUUAAUUCACAUGACAUGAAUUUUUAACGCUACCGGUAUCUCAAUUAAAAUACAUUAUUCUUUUUUCCGCCAUUACAGUCAGAGGACAGGGACUUCCAAUUAUUUCUGCAAUCAGAACUAAUGCAACUGAAGCAUCAAAAUCAGAGAAAGUAAGAUUUUACUAAAUUCUUCCUAAUAUAAAAACUGGCUGCCAGAGGCUUCUGACUUCAUUAUUGCCCUGUUUACAGUAUUGUCAACUCUAUGGCUGAGUAAACCCACCAUGCACAGUAAACAGGAUUUCUUAAGUCACUAAUAAGCAUGCCCCAUUUCACUCCAGGAAAAAAAAGUGGUUGCAUAGAUGAAGGUUUGCAUCUGAGAUGUCAUGCAGUUUUUCAGUGGAAGUCUCAUGAAAGAAAUGAUGUGAAUUUUUUUUUCUCAUUUGGAGUCUGUUAACCAUUAGGCUUCUACUCAGGAUUGGCAUACAAGAGCAUUGGUACAGAUCCAUUGGCUGCCUUAAAAUAUAUCCCUCUGCAGAUUUAUGUUUUAUCAGUGGUGGGAACACACAGAAGCCACCUCAGAUCUAUUAAAGGCAGGUGGGAACACCACCUCAGAUCUAUUAAAGGCAGGUGGGAACACCACCUCAGAUCUAUUAAAGGCAGGUGGGAACACCACCUCAGAUCUAUUAAAAGGCAGGUGGGAACACCACCUCAGAUCCAUUAAAGGCAGGUGGGAACACCACCUCAGAUCUAUUAAAGGCAGGUGGGAACACCACCUCAGAUCUAUUAAAAGGCACUCAGAUCUAUUAAAGGCAGGUGGGAACACCACCUCAGAUCUAUUAAAGGCAUGUGGGAACACCACCUCAGAUCUAUUAAAGGCAGGUGGGAACACCACCUCAAAUCUAUUAAAAGGCAGGUGGGAACACCACCUCCGAUCUAUUAAAGGCAGAUAUACUUUAAUCCUUACCAUGCGUGUUUAAAAUCUCUGGUAUUUUUUUUCCAACACCCAGCUUUCCUACAUUGUUGAUAAAUAUAGAGUGUAUGUAAAUAUGCCACCACAUCAGUUAUUGUAAUUUUGCCCAGGAGGGGGGGGGCACACAAAUACUUUUAGUAGCUGUUUGCACUCCAUUUUUAAGUAUUCUAGAUUUCCCUGAACCACCCCAAUUCGGCUAUUCAUAUUUGAGCUUUGAAUUUGUGGCUUUAAUACUCAAAACAUGAGUUAAUUUAUCUAUUAUGCUCUAAGUAGGAUAAGAAAAAUGCUUCCUCCCUUCGUGACACUCAAAAUGGUGUCCUUUGACUCUUAGUGCCUGACCUACUUCUGACUUCUUGUUAAUUGAAUCUUAACAUUCAAAACUAUUAUUUCCAGAAAAUGUAUGGUCCUCUAAAAGAUCAGGACAGAAUUUUCACCAACCUUUAUGGCCGCUAUGAUUUCAGACUGAAAGGUGCCAAGGCCAGAGUGAGUACUGUAGUGCUAAUGAGCUGAAACUUUGUGCUAUUGAUUAUUUUUCCUCAUGUUGCAUGUUUGAAGGGUCAACUACCCUGAUUGUAGUAUGGUAUUAUUUAAAUUUCUCUUUUGAAAGUAUAAAAUGUGUUUGACAUCUCAUCUCACAGACACUGUUAUUUCACCCCAACUUUGUUUAUGUUCUGUUUGUUUAGGGCUCAUGGUACACUGUUAUUUCACCCCAACUUUGUUAUGUUCUGUUUGUUUAGGGCUCAUGGUACACUGUUAUUUCACCCAACUUUGUUAUGUUCUGUUUGUUUAGGGCUCAUGGUACACUGUUAUUUCACCCAACUUUGUUAUGUUCUGUUUGUUUAGGGCUCAUGGUACAAAACUAAAGAAAUCAUCCUCAAAGGACAUGACUGGAUUUUAAAGGAAAUCACCACGUCUGGACUCAGGGGGAGAGGUGGGGCUGGAUUUCCCACGGGAAUGAAAUGGGGUUUCAUGAAUAAACCUUCUGACGGAAGGUUUGUUGGCAGAAUUGUUUUAUUUAUAAAUCAAAGCUUUUUUCUUUAUGUAUCAAAUUGUGUCAGUUUUGCUCCUACACACAUCUUAUCUGAUUAGCACCCAAUUACCAGUAAAAAAUUACGUUCAUUUUUCUCUGUUCUAUGCUAUUCUUUUCAGCUCAAUCCACUUGCUUGAUUUGUGCUCCAUCGGCUCCAUGUUUUCACUAUCUUUUUAGCAUUAGAAACGUUAUCAUAGUAAUAUUGGCACAUUUAGGUUAUAAAAAAAAUAACAUCAAAACAAACAAGUUUCUUAAUAUUCUAGAGCAGCAUUUCCCAAACUUGUAAGUCCAUAAAAAUUCACGUUGUGUGGACCAGCAACGUAAGGUUCCCGGUUCAUGGACUGCCAUUUGGGGAAUGCUGUUCUAGAAGUUAGAAGAUAUGAUAAGUUAGGAUGUCAUUGGACUUUUUUUAAUAUGAACAACAGCAGUGAUAACUAGUGUAAACUAUGUCAUUUUAACAGGACCAUUACUGUGGGAUCAAUUCUGCACCAACUUAUAGUACUGUCUGGUGCACACUGAUCCGCAUUAAGAUAAAACAAAGAACAACUGUUUGUGUUAUUUGUAUGUUUGGAUGAGCAUGUGACUAUGUUUGUAUCCAUGGAGACGUAUAUUUGCAGACCCAAAUACCUUGUUGUGAACGCUGAUGAAGGUGAACCAGGCACUUGCAAAGACAGAGAGAUUAUGAGGCAUGACCCACACAAACUGGUCGAGGGCUGUCUUGUGGCUGGCGUAGCCAUGCACGCCAGGGCUGGUACGUUCUUACCAUUUGUUUCUCAAGUAAAAUUAUUUGGGAGAUGGGGGGGGGGGGGAUAUAAGGCUUUUCUUUUAAGACUGAUUUCAACAAGACAUUUCUUUCAUUUGAAUUAAUUAUGACUCAAGUAAAAUUAUUUGGGAGAUGGGGGGGGGGGGAUAUAAGGCUUUUCUUUUAAGACUGAUUUCAACAAGACAUUUCUUUCAGUUGAAUUAAUUAUGACAUAUUUGUUGGUCGUAAUAUAUUCUUUGAAUUGGAGAGAUACAUUAAAUCAUAUAUAAUCUUCUUCUAGGCAUUAGUUGAUUGGUUUCUGGGAAAUUUCUGUAAUUUUUAUAUGCACAUUACUUUAAACACUGACACAUAGCGCAAACAAUUAGAAACUCAAACAAGGAAUACAUAAUUGAUAUUUGGUUCUCUUCUUUCAGCUUAUAUUUACAUUAGGGGAGAGUUUUACAAUGAAGCGUCUAAUCUCCAAGUGGCCAUCAAUGAGGUCAUGGACUUUUUUUUAUAUAUUAUUAUUACCUGAAUAUGGUUGAUCAUUUUGGAUAAUUUUAUCUUUAGUGUAUUUUAAAACUUAUUAUUAAAUAUUAUUUUUAUAAGUUUUUUAAUAUAUUGCAAAAUAUUAUCAUUUAUCCCAGGGUUGGCCAUCCCCAUCCUCUGACCCCAUGUGGCAUGGCAGCAAAAAUGAACUUUGCACCUUUUUGCUGUGGUACAUAAUGGUACUGCCCCUAUUUUGGUCUCAAAUCUUAAAUAAAAGUGAUGAAACAUUACUCUUUACUGUACUAAUUACUAAAAAAUAAAAGAUUCAAAUGAACACCACGACGUUAACCGGCACCAUAAUUUUUCUGUCUGAUGCAAAACUAAAUUUCAGAAUGUGCCACUUUUGCUUGGGUCUGUUAAAUCGAAUUCUGCUCCUUUUCCGCAUCGUUCAAAGUGAAAGUGACAGACACACUUUUUAUGUAUAAAAAUAAAAUAUACCGGUAAUUAAAGAGUUUAUCACUGUUCAAAAUCCGGACAAUUUAUUACAUGUGUGGCGUCAAGUGUAGAGGUGUUAUAAUUGGAGAAUUAUGCUCAGUAAAAUUAAAUUAAAAAAUUACUACAGCAUCGUUUCUUUGGUGCAUGUUUAUUUUAUUUGAUAGAUGUUACUGUAAUGACAUGCCGCCUGCAAAGAGCUGACUCACUAUCAAAAUGACACAUGAAGCCAUAUGGGUCGGCCACCCCUGAUUUAGUCAUCAGAGAAAUUAUUUCUUGAGUUCUAUAGUAAUUUUUUUUAAAAUACAUAUUAACUGACAAUUUAAAAAGUUUAUGUUUCUGCAUAUAUGAUCCUUACUCCUAUUUAUUGAUGAUUUUGUUUUUCUCACCCAGGCUUACAAAGAUGGGCUGAUUGGUAAGAAUGCUUGUGGAUCAGGCUAUGACUUUGACGUGUUUGUGCACAGAGGAGCUGGGGCUUACAUAUGUGGGGAGGAAACUGUGAGUUGAGUUAUCCCCUAAGCAUGGGCAACUUACUUUCUUUUACUUAAGAUCCAUUAUGUUGUCCAUGUUUUUUGGUUUGGGUUUUACAUCAUUUUGACGUGAAAACUACAUUUCAUUAUUAAUUAGAACCUUUUGUUCUGAAAUACAUGUUGCUUCCUAAUAUGUUUUAAUUAAAUGCUGAGGGGAAACGGUCACAUGUCAAAACCAUUUUGAAAACUCUUGAUAGACAUUAAAUUUGUUUUUAAAUGGGAUUUUUUGGUAGGCUCUCAUUGAAUCCCUUGAAGGCAAACAGGGAAAACCCAGACUCAAACCCCCGUUCCCAGCAGACGUUGGUGUGUUUGGUUGUCCAACAACUGUCGCAAAUGUUGAGACUGUGGCAGUGGCACCUGAUAUUUGUCGCAGAGGAGGGACGUGGUUUGCCAGUUUUGGUCGCGAGCGCAAUCGUGGUACAAAGGUAGGGUGCUUGCAUACGUUUCAUUAUGUCUUUGGUCAAUCUGCAUCAGUUGUUCUUAACCAAGCUCAACAGGCGGUGCAGGAAGACACAAAAAAUCAGUGUUGCAUUUUUGUUUUUAACUUUUUGUAAUGGGGCUGAACAUUUUCAAAUUGAAAUGUGGGUAAGUGAAAUGUUUUAAAAUCAAGAGGUGCUGUGGCGCUGAAUAAAAGGUAAGAACCUCUGAGCUAUGCUAAUUCAUAAUUGUGGUCAUUUUCCUAUUUAUAAACCAGUUUUUACAGGAUAUUUUUUUAUUUGAACUACCACAUCUGAUAACAGGAGCUAACCUUUAUUUUUCUCAAUGUAUUAGAAUAUCUUGCCUCCAUUCAGUUGAUGUUUAUUCCAUUUAGUUGUUCAACAUUUCUGGCCAUGUCAACAAUCCCACCACUGUAGAGGAAGAGAUGUCGGUUCCUCUGAAGGAUCUCAUUGAGCGUCAUGCUGGAGGCGUCAUAGGUGGAUGGAGCAACCUGCUGGCCGUCAUACCCGGUGGAUCGUCAACACCGCUGAUUCCAAAAUCGUAGGUCAUCUCUUUCAUAUCUUUUGGAGUGGGAGAAUAAAAAGACACUUCUUUAGUCUACUGAUCAUUGCCUAAGUGAUUAAAAUGAAUAGGGAAAAAAUGUUUGGGUCUUACCAUAAGCUGUUAACAUGUAUAUUUUCAGUUUAUUUAGACUCGGACUCGUAAGAAAUUGACGAAAAAUUAUUUUUAAGAACUAAUUUAUUUUUUAAUACAGAUUUUCUGAUACGGUUGUGCAUAUUUUAUUGUCUGCAGUGUUUGUGAGGAUGUCCUAAUGGACUUUGAUGACCUGAUCAGGACUCAGACCGGUCUGGGGACAGCUGCGGUGAUUGUCAUGAACAAGCAGGCCGAUGUUGUCCGCUGUAUCGCCAGGUUGAUUGAAUUCUACAAGCAUGAAAGCUGUGGCCAGGUAGGGACAUUCUAGAGUCAUUUUUGCCAGGUUUAACAAAUAAAGGCCGUUGUAUCCCUUAAAGCAUGGAUCUCUACAUUGAUCAUUUGUUUCUUAGGGAUUUUGUUUUUUAAUCAACCCAUUUGGCUUAUUAUUUUAUGUAUACAAUUGAAUAUUCCAUUUGAUCAUGUCACAAAAACAUGUUCAGCUAGAAAUGUCAUUGGCCUUAAUGUCAUUGUUUCCCUCACAGUGCACACCUUGCCGUGAGGGGGUCGGUUGGAUGAUGAAAGUCAUGCACAGAUUCCGUAAGUCCUGCUCACCAAACAGCUGUUUACUGUUGCAUCAUUGCGUUUCUCCAUUUUUAAAUUAAUUUAUACUUAGGCUUAUUAUAAAUUUUGUAUCAUGUCCAUACUUGACAUUUACUUUCAGUUAUAAAAUCAUUAUUUUGUUCCUUUCCUUCUUAACACCAGUGUUACCUUUAAGUGAUACUACAUUUCAGAGAGCUUGUGUUACCUUUAAGUGAUACUACAUUUCAGAGAGCGGCAAUGCACGCAAGGAUGAGAUUGACAUGCUGUAUGAACUCAGCAAACAGAUUGAGGGACACACAAUCUGUGCC